AUGUGCGACGACUGCGAGUGCUGCGACUGCUUCGACCAGCACAGCCGCUUCGCGUGCGGCUUCUGCAUCGGCCUCGCCAUCAUCGCCGCGGUCGCCGUCAUCGUCGUCCUCGUCGUUGGCUACGGCCACGCCGCCCAGCCCCGGUUCGACGUCGAGGACGCCUCGCUCGCGCGCUUCGCGCUCGCCACGACGUCGCCCGCCACCACCGUCUCCUACAACCUCACGCUCACGCUCGCCGUGCGCAACCCCAACUGGGCCAUGGGCGCCACCUUCCGCUCCCUCGAGGCCGACUACCUCUUCGACGGCCAGCGCUUCGACCGCGUCGACGUCGCCGCGCCGGACUACGUCCUGCCCGCCCGGAAGACCGCCGUGUUCCGCAUUGCCAGCGGCGCCGACGCGGUGAGCGUCAUGCUCGGGAGCGCCGGCGUCAAGGCGUACCGGAGGCAGAGCGAGAAGGGAGUGUUCGACGUCGAGGCGGCGCUCUCGGGACAGGUCAAGUACCAGCUGCACAGCACGUGGUGCAGGCUGGAGGCCAGGUGCCCGCUCAAGCUGCAGCUCGCCGGCCAGGACGCCGCCGCCGUCGUCUUCCAGAAGACCACAUGCGAGUUGCUCCGGUCAUCGCAGAGGGGGUGCUGAUCCAUCGCAGUCUUUGCUAAUCGUGCGCUAGAUAUCGCAUGCAUUCUCUCUCAUAACACUUGUUUACAUUACUUCGAUCGACUUCUUUUUAAAUUUUGCUUGCAUUGAUUCUCCUUUCUUUUUCUUCGUGUGAGUUUCGAGUGAUCGUUGCUUCAUAUU